AUGCAACAACCAUGCCAGUGGCAAAGCAUUACUAUAACACUGGUUGAGAAAGUGCAGAUGGUUGCUGUAAUCCUAGGAUCUCUGUUCUUAGUAGCAAGUGUGACUUGGCUUCUAUGGUCAGCCUUCAGCCCUUAUGCAGUAUGGCAAAGAAAGGACAUCCUUUUUCAAAUCUGCUAUGGAAUGUAUGGUUUUAUGGAUCUAGUAUGCAUAGGACUGAUAGUACAUGAAGGUGCAUCAGUUUAUCGAGUGUUUAAGCGCUGGAGAGCUGUGAAUCUACACUGGGAUGUGUUAAAUUAUGAUAAAGCCACAGACAUAGAAGAGAGCAAUCGAGGCGAAUCCUCCGCAGGAAGGACGUUGUGGUUACCACUGACUGCAUUUAGAAACAGAAGUUUAGUCCAUCCAACACAGCUAACCUCACCAAGAUUUCAGUGCGGCUACGUAUUGUUACAUCUUUUCAACCGCAUGAGACCUCAGGAAGACUCAUCAGAGGAUAACGGCUCUGGGGAAGUGGUGAUGAGAGUGACCUCGGUGUAAAAUUACGCUCACUGUGCUACACAGAUAAGAAUAAUAUGCC